AUGCCUAUCACAGCCCUCUCAACAUCCAAUCAGUCACCCACCUCAUCCACAGACGCCGACGAUCCUACCGCUGUCCUCCUCACCUACCUCUCUUCCACCUCCUCGGCAACCACCGUCCUCGAAGAUCUCCAUGCCUCCCUCCUCAGCUCCCUCCAACGCUGCGGCUGGACUGAACAGGUGCGCGGGCUCGCACUUGAACUCCUCCGCGCAGGACACUGCAGCCGCUUCGAAGAAGUCGUCGAUACCGUCGUUGCUCUCGCGACGAGUAGUGAAGAUGUAACUGCUUCGUCGUUAGCGGUGGCGAGAGAGCGGAAACGGAAGAAGAGGAAACAGAUCAUGAUGGGCGCGAGGCUGAAGAGGGCAAGGAUUGGGGAGGGAGGUGCUGGUGCUGGUGUGGAUCAGGAGAAUGGAGAUGAUGAAGAUGGGAAAGGGGAUGGGGGGAGUGAAGAUGACGCAGAUGCGGAUGCGGAUGCGGAUGCGGAUGAUGAUGCUAAUGGUGGUGGCCAAAUCGAGGGGAACUUUGCUGGGAAUGGGAUUAUGGAUGAGUUACCGAAUAUUCGCAUCCCGCAAGGCAUUGUUGCGGAGGGUGUUAAAAUGCUGCACGAAGCCCUGGAAGGGGUGUUUGUAGUAGACGGAGGUGGUGGGGACGAGUCUGCUUCUUCAAAUAUCAUCGCAACAGGCGAAAAUGAGCUGAGCAAAGACCAACAGCCGCAGGGGGAGAUCCACAGAAACAAAUCAGCACCUAUAUCUGCAACAAAUGGCGUCGCCAAUGCCAAUGGCAGCAGCACGGCGUCGUCGAAAAAGAUGCCGUUUUCUUCUUCCUCGUCGUCGGUGCCUUCUUUAAAAACAACAUCUAGCAGCGCAGAUGGCAAGACCACUACUAAACUCAAGGCUGCGGCCAAGAGCAAGUUGCAGGAGAAUGGAGGUGGAAAAGCGGCGAAGAAGACGAAGAAAGGUUGA